CCUGGUCCAGCGAACACCGUGAUCAACAAUCCUUUUGUGAUAUUUAGUCCUAUUCAUUUUUUUCAUUUAGACCCCUACAUCGACGACGAGCCAUGAAACUAUAUCUGCUGCUACUCCUUGUGGCCUUGGCCUGGAGGUCAACCUCGGCCGAGGAGCAAGAAUUCUCGCGAAACACACUCCCCGGCAUGAGCUGGCUGCGCGAGAUGAUCACGGGGGAGGAGGCGGUCCACUCGCGCAAAAAGCGCUUCGUCGGCCUCCCGAAGGGCUCGAGCAUGGAGGUGAAGUGGUCCCUGAACCUGCCCUUCGACACCUUCACGGACUACACCGCCAAGUUCCAGCUGGCGCUGCCCAUCAAGAUCCCCUUCCCCGACGCCAUCAUCGCGUCGCGGCGCUCGGACGACGACGCCCCCUACGACCAGUACAACUACUAUCAGUACGACGAGGACCAGCUGCAGGUGCACCAGAGGAGGCGCCGCCAGGCUCGCCAGGAGAGGUCGUCCAUCUACAACAACCUGCAGUCCGCCUUCGAGAAGGCUGGAGUCGACGGCCGCCAUUGUCUCCUGCGAGUGAUCUGUGACGUCGCUGAAGCUCCCUUCGACCAAGGCCUCAUGGGAGAACUGCUCAACACCCUUCUCACCGCCUCACUAGCAGGACGACCUGACGAUGGCGAGCACGACCGCGAGUACGAUCACUACAUCGAGGCCGAGCUCCACGGGAAGCUGAACGGGAAGUGCGAAGAGCGGUACAGCAAGUGCAAGAUCUCCCCCUUCGACCUCAUCCCGAACGCCAUCCAUACUGUGGCGUAGCGAGGUUUAGCCCCCGACUUGGCAGGAAACGGAACGGAGAAAGGAAUGUGCGGGGACUCACUAUUAUUUAUUCCAUUGUAUCAUUACGUAUUUAUUUCUAUAGACCGGAUCCUUCCCCAACACAGGGAGGAGGAGAUGAGUAGCUGGACUUCGAUAUGUUCUCAACUGAUGGCAUUUUAUACUGUAGCAUAUGUGAGUGUUUUGUACCACGUUAUAUUCAGUCAUACACAUCCGACAGGGCAGCAUCUUUAUAGUCAUUCCAGAGAUUAAGCUCAUUACUUAUCUCCAGUCAAAAUACCUAUUGCAUAUAGGGCCUCUGACUGCUGUUUCAUCAAUACUGUCUUUCCACAUGACAGUAUUUUCACGUUGUACGAUGUGUGGUUUUUAAAAAAUCACGUGGCAUCCAUGGUACAUUACCAUUCAACAGUUUCAUAAUUCUGAAAAUAAAUCAACGGGCAAUGUCCUGACCAUUUUUUUUUUCUUAAUGAUUAGGGGCAUUUACGACAACAGCCUACGAUUCGACAUUUUCCUCUACCUCUAACCAAAGGGCAGGUCCAGACAGACAGACUUUUCCCCCAGCGACCGACACAAUGACCUUCCUUUGACAACGACUGUUUCAGAGACAAAGACGAUUCAUGACUUUUCUUACCCUCCCGCUGCUCCCCGCUGGGACACAUUGAGCCCAAAUUUGUGCAUGUUCUUUAAAUCACAACAUAGUGCACUUUUUAUUUUUUUAUUGUCUUUUCAAUUGCAUAUUACCCCGCAGAUUUCACCCAGCAGCAAUUCACUGUGGUUGUACAUGGUUUUAGGCACUCAGCUCAUUGCAUUAUUUUGUUACCGUUGUUAGUGUUAUUUUUGUUAGACCAGUUUUCUACAAAACUGAUUUUUUACAGUGUUAUAGUUUUUUCUGUUAUUUUGUAUUACUGCACUUGUAGAAUUCCAUUUUGCAUAUAUUUUAAAACUACAUUCAGAACACAAUAUUCAUUUUCAAAUUGCAGUCAUCCAAGCAUCUCACAAUUCCUUUUUCAAAUAUUUCCACAUUUUCUUGACUGUGCCAUAUAGCUUACAUUUGUGUAACAUAUUUAUUUUCAUGUUGUAAAUAAUCAACGUAUUUAUGAUUUUUAGUUGUUUAUCACCUAAAUAUAAACUAAUCAAUGAAUCCAUUAUGGAAAAGGUUCAUUCCUUAACCCAAAAUAAGUUUUGUUAUAUUUUUCUUCUUUUGUUUUUUUCAAGUUUUAUCUGUCUCUCUGUCAUUCUCUCUCUCUCUCUCUCUCUCUCUC